AUGUUUGUGCACAGGUAUCACGAGGAAGGUCUUACACUAAUACUCCGGUUGGCGAUUUUCGUAUUCAUUGUUGGAGUGAUCACAACGAGCAGUAGUGGUGUAAAUGCAUUGAAUUCAUCGGCGAAGCUAGACAAAAGCAACGAAGUGACUGCCUCCGUGAAGCUAGACGAAAACACGGUGGUUCCAGGUAAUGAAAAACAGCCAAAUACCGACGUAGGUGAUGUAAAGUGCGUUCCAUGUCAACAAAACAUCCUUCCUCCACCACCACCACCUCCGAAAGCUACAACAAAGACAUACUGUCCACCACCGCCUUUCUAUUAUAUAACAGGUCAGCCCGGAAAUUUGUAUGAAUUUGAUCCGUAUUAUGCGGGAGCAGCCGGUGAUCGAGUUCGGUUGUCUAUUUUAUUGGUAAUCGGGUGUUGGCUAAUUGGCAUGUUUGGUUAUUGA